UUAACCUUGUCUUCUUCCUUUUCUUCUCAAUUCUCAUCCCAGAGAAAGAAAGAAAACUCCAAGAAAACAAUAAGGAAAAGUUCAAAGAAAGAACCAAGGAAGGAAGAGAUGAAGAAGUGCGAGCUUUGUAAGAUACAGGCUCGGACCUACUGCGAGUCGGACCGGGCAAGCCUGUGCUGGAACUGCGACGCCAAGGUCCACGGCGCCAACUUCCUCGUGGCUCGCCACUCCAGGACCCUUCUCUGCAACACAUGCCAGUCCCAGACUCCCUGGAAAGCCUCGGGUGCCAAGCUCGGCCACACCUUUUCCGUCUGCGAAACCUGCGUUCGAGGAAACCAUAACAACGAAGAAGAAGAAGAAGAAUUAGAAGACGAUGAUCACGUUCAUGGUGAUGAGUCACCUUCGCCAACAAUGUCUUCUUCGAGCAGCAACGAAGAAGAGUCGGCCACGGUGACAGUUUUCUCUUCUUUGAAACUAAAGCGAAUGCAUGAGAAAGCUUCAGAUCUUUCAUACCCGCCGGACGAUCUCGGCCGUGCAUCAUCUCCACGGGAGGCGACUUGUAUUGACUCGUGUAGGCCUUUGAAGGACCGGAGAAUCGAACCGGGCCGGUCGGCUCAGGUUCAUUCCCGUUCGGCAUCUUCUUUGGCGAUCAUUGAGUCGCUCAAGAGAUUACAUCAGCGAGAUUUGUGCGAACCGAGGAAAUAAUCUGGAACCGUUAAUUUGGAUUCCUCUAGUUCUCUUUAACGUUCGGAUUGGAUUAGAAGUAGUUUAGUUUGUAGUAGAUUUUGCAAUUGAAAUUGACCCCCUUCUAUUCUAACAAGUAACAACAAUAUUACCAUAGUUAAUUUGUAUUUUAGUCUUAAAUAUAGAGAGACAUUUUGGUUUUA